UAAACGUAAAACGUAAACCGUCAGUCGUCGUUACGCCGCUAGCGCAGCGAGAGGGGGUACUCCAUCGUUUGGCGAAACCGAAACGCACGUGAACCGACACCUAUCAAAACAAAUCUGGAAUCGGAAUCGUUCCGCCACAUUUGACUGAUAACUCGCACAUUCGUUUCUAUUUUUGUUGUUGUUGUUGUUUUGUGUUGUUCAGUGUAUGUGUGCCCUUUUUUCUGUGCUUUCGUUUGCGUACCUUAUCAUGUGACUUUGCGCCCGUUCCUUCGACUUUAUUUUUUGCGAGAGGAGUUAUUACGAUGUCCAGGCGGAAGCAGAGCAACCCCAAACCUCUGAAAAGUGAUUCGCACGACAAACCGCCGUUGGAAGAGCACAAUACUGAAAAAGGGGAGGUAGAGGAUUGGAACAGCGAUCCGGCCGAGACGGUCGCUUCAGCGAAUUCCCCUUCCAGAUCGCCUCCGCCGAAGAACGCCACUCCCGAAGCCGUCGAAGAAACUACGCAGAGCUCGCAGAAGAAUGAGCCCGAGGAGAAGACGCCAAGGAUUCGGCUGAAGGCGAAUCUCGCCACCGAUCCGGCGCUGCAGUCGCAGACGAUUCCGAAAAUCGAGCCGGACGCGACUCCCUUUCCCCCGAAUUACCUGUCGACGCUUCCGCCCGCUCUGCAGAGUACUUUGGUGUCCCGAGGAUUCUUCCUGCCGAAUAUUCUUCCCGCCGGAGAUCCGCAUCAAACGGAGCCGGUGGAGAGCAGGCAGCCGAGCGUGCCGAUUUUCCAAUGUCCCCCCUGCGGGAUUCGAUUCUCUUCUUUGAGUACGUUAGAGGCUCACCAAACGUACUAUUGCUCGCAUCGCGCUAACAAAACUUCCAACGACGAUGAUUCCAAGUCAGUUACCGAUCCGAAUGGGAGCCAAUCGGACGCCGAUCUGUCGGAGCCGUCUUUGAAGAACUUCCGCAGCGGCAAGCAGUACACUUGCACGCAUUGCUCGUACAGCGCGGAUAAGAAAGUCAGUUUAAAUCGUCACAUGCGAAUGCACACAGUGUCUCCUAGUCCUAGUCCCUUGAAUAUCGUCACCACUCCGAACGGAGAAAGCUCGACCGGUAGUAAUUCGGAUAGAUAUUGCGCCGAAUGCGAUAUUCGAUUCAGCUCGCAAAAAACUUACCGUGCUCACAAAUUGCACUAUUGCAAUUCCAGACAUUUAGUCAAACUGCCGUCGGCGCCUACGCCGAAGGCGUCUUCUAGUACUUCGGGUUCAUCGCCGACUUCUCCGGUGGAUAAUAGACCGUGCAGAACUCCCCCCUCGCCUACGACGCAAACGGCUGCACAACAACCUUUCUUGGCAUUACCAACCAAUCCAAUAAUAAUCGUGCCAUAUUCUUUGUUUCGCAACGCGAGCGUACUGCCGGCCUUGAACGCCGCCUCCGGUCUUCCCGCACCCGAUGCUCCUUGUUUUCUUCUGCCAAACGGUACGCUGCAACCAAUGUCGAGUGCUUUAGCUAACCAAUUAAGCCAGCAGAGCGAAUCGCACAAGAACGAAAAGACUAAAGAGCCCCCUUCGAGCUCGGCGCCUCUAGAUUUGAGCGUCAAAAAAUAUUCCGAAGGAAAUGCUGUCGUAGAAUCCGGCGAUGAUCACGAUACCAACACCCCGAAUCAUUCGGUUAGCCCCGAAAAAUGCAAAUCGGUGCAUUCGUCGCAGAAUUCGCCUCCAACGACGCCCGUUUCCAAUUGCGAAUCGUCCCCGUCGCCCAAAAUCAAAGAGGAGACGUCCAGGAGUAGCAGCCCCAAGAAGUUGAGAUCUGUUCUGAAAUGCACCCAAAACACCGACAACAAACGAAUCAGUCCCGAGGUUAACAUACAACAAUUCGAUCAUCCCCUGUUCCUGAGGCAGAGCCUGCCGCUGCUGGCGCCCGAGGUACAGCUGAGACUGGAACCGCCGCUGCCGGCCGUCAUGCCGCAGGUGCUGGUCAAGCAAGGAGUGUCGAAAUGCAAAGACUGCAACAUAGUGUUCUGUAAGCUAGAAAACUACGUCAUCCACAAAAAGCACUAUUGUUCGGCGAGGACGCAGGACGAGAACCAGUCGAAAUUCUCCGGCAGUCCGCCGGCGAGCCCGAGCAGCGCGGAAACCGCCAGCCCGGCGGCGGGACAAUAUCAACAGCUCAUCUGUCUGGCGUGCGGCAUCAAAUUCACGUCGCUGGAUAAUCUGAACGCCCAUCAGGCCUACUAUUGCCUCAAGAGGGGCGAGACGGCCGACGUGCGGAAGUGCGCCAAAUGCAAAGGUGUCGCGGAACCGGGCCAUCAGUGCGUGCCGCACGCCUCCCUCUCCGGCUGGAAAUGCCCUUGUUGCGAUGUUAUUAGCCCGACGGCGAGCGCCGCUCAAAGGCACAUGGAAUCUCACACAGGGGUCAAGGCCUACAGAUGCACCAUUUGCGGUUACAAGGGGAACACUUUGAGAGGGAUGCGGACGCACAUUCGGAUGCACUUCGACAAAAGAUCCUCCGAUUUACAGGAAGAAAAAUACAUAUCUUACAUCCUGGAAGACGAGAGCACCAACACCAUCGAAGUGAACGUGACCUCGGCGGAUUCGUCCGAAGAAAAAACGAGUUCCCCCGUCACGGAUUCGUCCUCGGACGCGCUGCACUACUGCCUGCACUGCUCCUACAGCUCGAAUUACAAGGCGAACGUCCUGCGGCACAUGAAGCUGGUGCACGACGUCUCGAUGAGCGAGGAGGUCGCGGCCAACGGCAUGUCGGAGAAGACCAAGUCCAUGCCCGCCCUGGAGGAGGACGAGGAGAUCCUGGUGAAGCGGGAAGCGAUAGAGCCGGAGGUGAUAAUCGCCCAGGGCGAGGAGCCCAUUCUCAAGGAGGAGACGGACGCGGCGCCGAAGGCGCCCAAGUGCAAGUCGCCGGACGACGAGGUGCUGCAGGAAGCCGCCAAGCCGGGAUCGAAGUAUUGUAAAUCUUGCGAUAUAUACUUUAAUUACUAUUCCACUUUCGUGGCGCAUAAAAAGUUCUACUGCUCCAGUCACGCCGGUGAGAUAGCCAACGCGGCCUCGAAUAAUAACAUUAAUAACAAUUCAGCCACUCGUACCGCCGAGGCCUCGGUGCUUUAGACGUAGCGCAUAGGUUUUACAUUGUUAGGAAAAAACGUGUUGAUGACUGAUUCGAAAUAAUUUACUAGCGGCAAUAGCAGUGAAAAUUAACGCUACCCUUUUAUUAGGUAAUUUCUCUUCUUGCUAGCAUGAUAAAGGAAGUCUAUUGUAUAGCAAAUCAUUCGUUAAGCUGAUUGAUUAUUUUGGACAAUACUUAGCUUGUAACAAUCGGUUUGUUAGUAGACUAAUUUCCUUGCGUAAUGUUCGUUAAACGUCAGUUUCGAAUCCGUCAAAUUUCAUUAAGUUUCGAGAUAUUAUAAAUGUAUAUUCAGGCCAGUCCUCUCUCUGUAUACGCGCAACCGAGCUUUUUGAUGCCUAAACACUUAAAUGUUGUUAGGGCGAUGAAUUGUGCUUUCCAAAAUUUACAUGACAAAAUAAAAGAAACCGAAGGAACGAUGAACAAAAUUAAAUUUGUAAAAGGACUUGUACUCGUUACCUGGUUAAAAAAAAUCGUAGACUGUUCGCAAUCUCAAUUAUUUAUUUCUUUUUUUUGUACGACUAUUGUUAAGUGUUCGGGCAUUGAAGGGAUUGUUGUUAUAUCAAAAUCAUUCUUGUACGAUUACGGAAGAAAAUAUGUGGAUAGUUUGUAAUCUAUGUUAAAUGUUUUUCUUGUAUAUAAAAUAUGCAAUAACUACAUAUUUGUUUUUGUAUAUAGUUUAAAAGAUUUAUAAUUUGUUCGUUUAUAAUUUUCCAGUAUAUAUUAAAAUAUGCUAUACCAAAGGAG